AUGGCUGGAGAUAAGGUCUCCAAGGUUGGCAAUGCCAUUGCCAAAGGCCUUGGUGUCAAGGUUGCAUACAGAGAUCCUCUGGGCGCCACCGCCGACCCUGUCACUCGGGGCGAAUCGGCUUUCUCCGUUGGCACCGUCGACACCUACUCUUACAACGAGCCCGAACCGACGAGCAUCGAAUGGAUCCGUGAGACCGCUCCGUCCGGCCGUCAAUUAAUCAACUACCUCAUCAGUCUGUUCCCUUUCCUGAACUGGAUUGGCCGAUAUAACUUGCAAUGGCUCUUCGGCGACCUGGUUGCGGGCAUCACCGUCGGUGCCGUCGUCGUGCCCCAGGGUAUGGCCUAUGCCAGGCUGGCUGAGCUGCCCGUGCAGUACGGUCUCUACUCGUCCUUUAUGGGUGUCUUGGUUUACUGGUUCUUUGCUACCUCCAAGGACAUUACCAUCGGGCCCGUGGCUGUGAUGUCGACCUUGACUGGUUCAAUCGUCCUGCAGGUCCAAGAGCAGUAUCCCGAUACCCCCGGCCAUGUUAUUGCGUCCUGCCUCGCAGUCAUCUUGGGUGGUAUCGUCACUACGAUGGGCCUGCUCCGACUGGGUUUCAUCGUCGAUUUCAUCCCGCUGCCCGCUAUAUCUGCCUUCAUGACCGGCUCUGCCAUCAACAUCUGUUCCGGCCAGGUUUCUACCAUGCUGGGUGAAACAGCCAAAUUCUCUACUCGUGGUGCGACUUACAAGGUCAUUAUCAAUACUCUGAAGUACCUGCCUUCCUCGUCUAUCGAUGCGGCAAUGGGUGUCACGGCCUGUGCGAUGUUGUAUAUUAUCCGUUUCAGCUGCACCUAUGCCGCGAAGAAGCAACCGCACCGCGCCAAGAUCUGGUUCUUUGCCUCGACCCUGCGCACCGUUUUCGUCAUUCUGUUCUACACCAUGGUCAGUGCGGCCGUCAAUCUGCACCGAAAGGAUAACCCGUUGUUCUCUCUGCUGGGAACCGUGCCUCGAGGAUUCCAGGCGGCCGCCGUGCCGACUAUGGAUCCCAACAUCAUCAAGGCUUUCCUCGGUCAACUGCCAGCUGCCGUCAUCGUUCUUCUGAUCGAGCACAUUGCCAUUUCCAAGUCCUUUGGUCGUGUGAACAACUACACCAUCGAUCCUUCCCAGGAAUUCGUUGGUAUCGGUGUGACCAAUCUGCUCGGUCCCUUCCUCGGUGGUUACCCGGCGACUGGAUCUUUCUCGCGUACUGCCAUCAAGUCCAAGGCUGGCGUGCGAACUCCUCUGGGAGGUUGUAUCACCGCGGUUGUGGUGCUGUUAGCCAUCUACGCCCUGCCCGCCCUGUUCUUCUACAUUCCUCAGGCCUCUCUCUCUGGUGUCAUCAUCCACGCUGUAGGUGAUUUGAUUACCCCUCCCAACACCGUGUACCAGUUCUGGCGAGUUUCUCCCUUCGAUGCCAUGAUAUUCUUCAUCGGUGUCGUUGUUACCGUCUUUUCUUCUAUCGAGGACGGCAUCUACUGCACAAUCUGUGUGUCCGUGGCAGUUCUGCUCUUCCGUGUGGCCAAGGCCCGCGGUCAGUUCCUCGGCCGUGUUACCAUCCACUCGGUGGUGGGAGACCACCUCCUGGACGGCGAUGGAAAGUACGGGUCUCCCGGAAACCACAAGGAUCCCUCUCAGCACGAGGACCACGCCCACCGGUCCAUCUUCGUGCCAAUCAACCACACCGAUGGUUCCAAUCCCGACAUUGAAGUUGAGCAACCUCUUCCCGGUAUCUUCAUCUACCGCUUCUCUGAGGGCUUCAACUAUCCCAAUGCCAAUCACUACACCGACUUUCUGGUGCAGACCAUCUUCCGGUCCACUCGCCGUACCAACCCUCACGCGUUCAAGAGACCUGGUGACCGCCCUUGGAACGACGCUGGUGUCAAGGGCGAGGAUGAGACCCAAGACGACCGCCCGCUGCUGCAGGCCGUCAUUCUUGACUUCUCCUCCGUCAACAACGUGGACGUUACAUCGAUCCAGAACCUGAUCGACGUGCGGAACCAGCUGGACCUGUACGCCUCGCCUCGGUCAGUGCAGUGGCACUUUGCCCACAUCAACAACCGCUGGACGAAGCGUGGUCUGGCGGCCGCCGGAUUCGGAUACCCAACGCCCACCUCCAGCGAUGGCUUCCACCGCUGGAAGCCGAUCUUCAGCGUGGCCGAGAUCGAAGGCAGCUCCUCCGCCGCGGCCCUCGCCGAGAUGCUCAACAACCAGCGCGAGCAGGGCCUGCACCACCACGAUCCCCCCAAGGAUCUGGAGAGCGGCAUUAAGACCACCGACUCCUCCUCCACAGAACACGAGACACACGGUGUCGAGACCGCCUCGUCCGAGGAGAGCGACUACAUUCGCAAGAAUAAGCUGUCUCGUGACCUGACAGACAGCAAGGCAUACCGCAGCCGACGCAAGGUGGCACUCGUGCAGGGCAUGAACCGGCCGUUCUUCCACAUCGAUCUGACGAGCGCGCUGCAAAGUGCAGUGGCCAACUCGUCCGACGAGAUCCCGCACAUGUGA